CCCUCUUUCUUCUUCGUGACCAGUUUGGUUGGGGAGGUCGUCGCCCUUCUGGAUAAGGCCCUUCUGCCGACGAUUGCUUUCUACAAGUUUCCGGCCGUUCCAUCUUUUCUCCCUUAGGGUUGAUAGGUGUUUCCGAUCUUGCGAGUCUUCCGAUCGCCGGUCUCUGAUCGUCCUCAUUUUGUGGCGGCGGCUUUUCCGCUUCUCCGAUGGGCUGAUUCUGGCCGAUCGGUCUGCUGUGUGUCAAGAUCUGUGGGUUUUUACUGUGUCAGAGAGAUUCGGUGUCUAUUUGGUUCGUGGUCUUGGUCGGGGAGGGUGAUUUGUGUUGUUUUGACGCGGAGACGAUGUCUGCGGUGGCCGGAGAAGUGGUCCACCGAUCGUCGAUCAUGCCUUUCACGACCUCUUUCUACGGUAGUUCUUGCUCGCAUCGUCUGAAACAUCUCGAAAAGUGGAAUCGGCGUGGUAAUCUUAGUUGAUAUUUGGUUCAUAAAUAUGGAGAAUAUAUAGGCGUCUAAAUAGUAAUAACAACAAUAUCGGACUACUAUUUCGAACAAGCGCAAAAUAGACGACAGGGAUCGUCAAUCAUUGGUGGUCUUGAUUCCGUGGUGUUGGUGUUGUGCGGCGAGGCUGUCCGCAUUUUUUUCACUUUGCAAGUUUUGGGCUUUGUGAUAAAGCUUUGAAGAUACUCGGAAGUAUCGCCAGGUAAAGGUUUCCCGUUCCCGGCUGAUCAGCUAUAGUUCAUUUUUGUGGUGAUCAAAGAUUUUAUCAUCUACCUGCUUUGCUUGUGAUGUUUCAGAAUAUUUAUUUAUUGCAUUUAGCUAAUUCAUUUGCUUUUACCUGUCUUCUGCGUUCCCCUCUUGCUCGUACUUACCAUGGCACUCACUGUUGGAAUAGUCAUAUAUUACCAAAUCAUCGAGAAGAAAUCUUUCUCUUGAUCAUGCAGUAUAUUAUCCUUAUUCUCCAUAAUGUUGAGGACGCUUUAACUUAGUUCUUGUUCUCGGUUUUAUUUUCAUGCUGCGUUUAUGGUCCGUGCUUAUACGUCGGAGGAUUCUUUAUUAUAACGUCCUGCUGAGUUUUUGGGGUAAGACACUCCGUAAAUAACGAGUUUAUUAACUCUACAAAUCUCAUUUGUUGUGUGCUUUCUGAUGUCCGUGAGAUUAUAUGAAUAAUUUGCGUACGGUCUCAGUGUGUGGUGGCGGACAUGAUUUUGAUUAUUGAGAAAAAAGAGUUGGUUGUUAUGUUAAAGUGUAAAUUGCUUCUUUAAAUUGGUAGAUAUUUAUGCAUAAAAGCUUGGCUCUGUGAGCCGAAUGGCAUUCCCUUCGAAUUCUUUUGUAGGCCAUUAUAUACAUCUCCUCGUUCUCAGGGUGUGAGUCUCGACGGUCGUGAUUCAUAUAGCGUAUGCUAAUGCACUAAUUUACCAGCGCUAUGAUUUUCUUAUUGCCAUUUUCCAACCCUUUUGCACUAUGGAUUCCCACCUCCAAGAAAAGAAAAGAAAAAAAAAACCUUAUUCAUGACAUUGAUGGCAACAUUUAUUAUAAAAACUGUGGGAAUUGUUUGAUUUAACUUUUCAUUUUAAAGCAUCCUUGGGUGACUUGCUGAUGAAAAUCAUCACUAAGCAUUUCUUUCACUUGGUUCAUUAGCAAGAUUGUCUUCUUCGGGUCUUCACAGAUCAUUGAAGCUAAGCCAUAUUUUGUUCUACAGGUUUGCCGUUUUGUAUGGCUUCCUUAAUGUCCUGCAACCUUUCAUGCUCUGAAGAAGUUGGCUCGAAGGUAGAUAUGAUAAUUCCUGCUGGUUCAGAUAUAUUGGGUGAGAACGCACAUGGCUGCAGCUAUGUAGGAUCAACAUCUGAUGGAAAAUCUUGUAAAAAACAGCAAAUUAUCUCAGGAAUUAGUGAUGAGGACUUGGCAAUAGAAGAGCUUAAAAGUUUAGUUGAUAGUAUGCAUGUUGGAGAUUAUCUUAGUGGAGUAAACUUUCUGCAUACUUCAAAAGAUGAAGGCCCACAAAUGGAAGACAUGGCUGGUAGCCAGAAGAGUAAUGUAGAGGGAGCAUCCAUCGUAGCAGAGCCUGAUGCUAAUUCUGAAUCGUAUAGAACCCCACAAAAAGAAUUAAUGAAGUCUGCAACAUUUCCUUCCUCACGGAAGUCAAAUGCAGUUGAUACUGUUGGGGAGGACAAAGCCCAUGAUCAGUGCCUCCAAAAAUCAGAUGUGCCAGUGUGUUUGCGUUCAAACUCACUUCCGUCGUCCAUCAAGCUGGUGUCUGCAAUGAAAGGCGGGCGUGAACGGCAUGGCAUUCUUCAGGAAUGGAAACCUCGAGUUACAUGGGCACCGGACGUUGUCGAUCCCCCAGUAACAUCUGUCUCUCAUACGGUCAGAAGCCACCCUCGCCCUAGAAGCAAGAAAGAGAAGAAACACAAGCAUGGGAAAGGCAGGUCAAGUCACGGCAGCAGCAAUGGUAGGAAGCAGCAUUCCAAGAGGAGCACCGCGGCCAGCGUGAAUAACUUGCACCCGAGGCCAGAGGCGUCGCCGCUCUCACCUCCUUGUGAUGGGAUGCUGGCGGACAGCUUCAGUGAGAUAGAAGGAGGAGUCAGCUACGUGGACCGCAUGUCUACUGGCCAAAGUCUAUUGGAGUUUGCUGUUGCCAGCCACGACAAAUGCGGAAGCAGCUUCCUGAGGCAAGCGAUAGGCAGUGUGCGCCUUCCAUUUGGGGAGGCUAAUUGAGGAAGGAAAUUUUCUGGUCGUGCGUGUAUAUACUGAAGUUUCCUAGUUACAAGAACUAUGUUUUGGCUCUAUGAUUUGGUUGCUUGUCUGAACUCGCUCUCGCACCUUUUUUUCCCUGGUUUCUUGAACUUUUGAAACUGUGUGCCCGAACAGUGAACACAUAUGCGAAUAAUGCACUAUGAACUUGUUCUGAA